AUGCAUGAGGAAGUGACUAGCCCUUUUACAGAAGUUGCAUCAAAUGCAGUAGCAUUAGCUUCUACCAAUGAAAAAUGCCAAAAACCGCCAAUUACUAAGUGGCUUUUAAGAGCACAAAUGAUUCCUGGCCGACGAUCAGAAGGUCUAACAAUUUAUGAUCCUGUAUGCUCAGAGUUGCAUGAAUUAAAACACGUUCCUAAUUGCAUACAUUGUCAUGCCGUAAGAUUUGAAUAUGAACCUAAGACAUUUUGUUGUGGCAAUGGAAAAGUUAGAGUUGCGCCUAUUGAAAUGCCAGAUGAAAUGUAUGACCUGUUUGUCUCUGAAUCAGAAGAAGCUGUAACCUUUCGCAAGAAUAUCCGUGCGUUGAAUUGCAUAUUCUCUUUCACCUUAUUAGGAGUGAAAUUAGAUAAGGAUCUUGCAUCUGCAAAGCAUGGGGUUUACACUUUUCGAGCACAAGGCAUGGUAUAUCACGAUCUUCCAGGAUUGACUCCAAAUGAAGCUGGCCCUACCAAUUUUCAGUUAUAUUUUGUUGAAACCGAAAAAGAGAUUGAGAAUCGGUUAAAGAUUCUAGAUAAUUCGGAACUAUCUGAACCUAUAAUCAACAAAGUUAUGAAAAUUAUGGAGGUAAAUCCAUAUGCAAGAUUAUUCAGGACAUUAAAGGAUUAUCCUUCUAUGGAUAAUGUUCAACUUCAUAUCUCGAAAGACGUGCGAUUAGACCAGCGUGUUUACAAUUCUCCAACUGCGGAUCAAGUAGCAGCUAUUUGGGUUGAAGGAAAUGAUCCUCAUAUACCAGCUGAACGAGAUAUUGUUGUUCAUGCACGGUCAGGCCAUAAGCAUAGAAUCAAACAUUAUUACGGUUGUUAUGAUCCGAUGCAAUAUCCCCUUCUCUUUCCAAAAGGUGAUACAGGGUGGCACCAAAAUAUACCAAAAAUAGGAGCCCAGACGUCGAAUACUAUAAUCAGUUCAUAUACAGAACAACAAAGAGCAAAUGAGGAAGCUGCUGAAUCGGAAAAUAUAACUUCUUCAUAUGACGUUCUCGCAAGAGAACAACAAGAGUGGGCAGAAAUACAAGAAAAUUUGUACCCUGGUCAAAAGGCUCAGGAUCGACCUGAUUUAACCUCAAGAGUCUUUCGAGCAAAAUUGCAAGAUUUAAAAGAUCAGUUGUUUAAAAAGGAGAUACUUGGAAAAGUGGCUGCACAUGUGCACGUGAUUGAAUUCCAAAAAAGAGGACUUCCACAUGCUCAUAUGUUGAUUAUACUGAAGUCGGAGUAUAAAAUUACCACUCCAGAUACCUAUGAUAGGUUCGUGAGUGCAGAACUUCCAGAUCCAGAAAAACAUCCUGCACUUCAUGCCUUGGUUGUGAAACAUAUGAUGCAUGGACCAUGUGGGUCAAAGAACAAGAGUAAUUCUUGUAUGGUUGAUGAAAAAUGCAAAUAUCAUUAUCCACGACCAUAUUGUGAAAGCACGAUUCAAGGCAAAGAUGGAUAUCCGAUAUAUAAAAGGAGAAGAAAUGGAAUUACUGUCCAAGUUCGCAGAGCUCAUCUAAAUAACCAGUGGGUAGUACCAUAUAACCCAUAUCUUUUGUCCAGAUAUAAUUGUCAUAUAAAUGUUGAGAUAUGUUCUGGAGUGACAGCAGUUAAGUAUCUAUACAAGUAUAUCUACAAAGGGCAUGACAGAGUGGCUGUUAAUAUCUCACAGAAUGAUGAAGAAAAUAAUAUUGAUGAGAUCAAAGAAUAUCAAGAUGCUCGAUGGGUCUCAGCUCAAGAAGCCAUUUGGAGGAUUUACGAAUUCAAUUUGAAUGAAAUAUCUCCACCAGUCAUUGACCUCCAUCUUCAUCUACCUAACCAACAAUGUGUCACUUACUGGGCAAAUCAAAAUUUGAGCAACGUCCUCAAAUGGGACCAUGUGUCUAAGACAAUGCUCACCGAGUAUUUUUCAAUGUGUUCGAGAAGUGAAAAAGCGCGAAAAUACCUUUACAAGGAGUUCCCAGAAUAUUACGUAUGGGACAAGCAAGGUAGAUGUUGGUCUGAAAGAAAGAAAAGAGAUGUGAUAGGGCGUAUACAUGGUGCAAAUCCUAUGGAAGGAGAACGGUAUUAUCUUCGAUUACUAUUGAAUCAUGUAAGAGGUCCAACAUCUUUUCUAGAUCUUUUAACAGUUAAUGGAAUACGAUGUGCUAACUUCAAAGAAGCAUCACAAAAAAGAGGCUUACUAGAGUCUGAUCAAAGUGUUAUUGAAUGUUUAAAUGAAGCCAUCACUUUUCAAAUGCCACAUGAAUUGCGCCGAUUAUUUGCAACCGUCUUGGUAUAUUGUGCUCCAACAGAUGUGAGAGUUCUUUGGGACACAUAUUUUGAAGCAAUGUCAGAGGACUUUAGAAAAGAAAAUGAUACAUCAAAGGAGAGACAAAUUACGAGAACUCUCCAAAGUGUGAAUUAUUUUUUGGAGAGCAUGGGGAAAAAAUUGGAAUCAUAUGAUCUUCCAAGUGCUCCAGUUGAUACUAACCACGUGACUACAAAUCUGUCAAGAGAGAUAGAAGAUGAGUUGUCAAUAGAAAUACCUUCUGAAGAUUACGAGGCCGAGAAAAAACUGAAUAAAGAACAACAAGAUGCCUUCAAAGUAAUCUUAGAAUUCAUACACAAAGGUAAAGCCGGUAUGUUCUUCAUUGAUGGCCCAGGGGGAACUGGAAAAACAUUCUUAUAUCGUGCGUUGUUAGCUCAUUUAAGAUCUAGAAAAAAAAUAGCCAUUGCAACAGCGACAUCUGGAGUUGCCGCUGCAAUAAUGCCUGGCGGAAGAACAGCUCAUUCACGUUUCAAAAUACCAAUCGAUGCAAAUGAGUCCAGUGACUGCAAUAUAUCAAAGCAAAGUGGAGUGGCUAAUCUAUUGCGUACAACAAAAUUAAUUAUAUGGGAUGAAGCUCCAAUGGCAAAAAGAUGGGCUAUUGAGAAUGUUGAUAAGUUAUUCAAGGACAUAAUGGGAAAUGAUGAACAUUUUGGGGGUAAAGUGGUGGUCUUUGGUGGUGAUUUUAGGCAAGUACUACCCGUGGUUCCAAGGGGUACAAUUCACCAAACUAUUUCUGCCAGUUUGGUGAAAUCAAGGCUAUGGCAUAAAAUGAUAAAAUUUUCUUUGUCUAAGAAUAUGAGAGCGCAAAAAGAUCCUGAAUUUGGUGAUUUCUUACUUAGAGUUGGAAAUGGAGAGGAAACCUCUGAUAUUGAGGGUAACAUUAUAAUUCCUGAAGAGAUGGUGGUGACGUAUGACAAUGAAGAGGACUCCAUGGCACGUCUUAUUCAUUCAAUUUUCCCGAGCUUGAGUAGUAAUGCUGAAUCAUCUACUUACAUGACAACUCGAGCGAUAUUAGCAUCUAAAAAUGAGGAAGUUGAUAAAUUGAAUGAUAAGUUAAUUUCUAUGUUUCCGGGAGACGCAAGAACAUUUCAAAGUUUCGAUGAAGCUAUCGAUGAUACAAAUAAUAACUAUGAAGAAGAUUUUCUCAAUUCUUUGACUCCAAAUGGCUUGCCUCCGCAUAAGUUGGUCUUGAAGAGAAAUUGUCCAAUAAUCCUCCUAAGGAAUUUGGACCCAUCAAAUGGACUGUGCAAUGGUACAAGAAUGGUGUGUAGGAAUUUCAAAUCCAAUGUCAUUGAUGCGGAAAUAGUCUUUGGCCAACACGUCGGCAAACAUGUUUUCAUUCCUAGAAUACCACUUUCGCCAGCUGAAAAUGAGGGUUAUCCUUUCAAAUUCAAGCGUAAGCAAUUUCCGAUUAGACUUUGCUUCGCUAUGACAAUCAACAAAGCACAAGGCCAAACAAUUCCUAAUAUAGGAGUCUAUUUGCCUCAACCAGUGUUCUCUCCUGGCCAACUAUAUGUAGCUCUAUCAAGAGGAACUUCAUCAUCGACAACAAAAGUUCUAAUCAAGCCGGAUACCAACAAUGUUCGAGAAAAAAGGGCGACAAAAAAUGUUGUUUACAAAGAAGUUCUAAAUGCAGAUCUCGAAUACCAAUUCGAUGAAACCUUCUAUGUGACUCAAGGGUGGAUGAAUAGUGCAUCUUUCAAAAGCUGCCUGAGAUCAUAA